ACCCUUGGGGCGCUAGGGAACCCUGUGUAAUAUCACGUGACCAAAACGUAAACAAACCGCGAAAGUUCGGACAUUCGCGCCAUAGAGUUGGAGUAUAGUAGGUGUUUUGCGAGGUUUUUAUAGGAUGGUUACUACAAAACGGUGUGCUUAUGGCACCUGUAAAAAUGACUCGAGAUAUCCUGAGCGCUGGGAGAGGAACAGUAGGGGAGAUUCUGUAGAAUUUUAUCACUUUCCCGGUGAAAAAAGGCAGAAAGAGAGAAGGCAACGAUGGAUAGUAGCGUGUCAUCGAGGCGAUAGUUUUGUUUGCACCAAGGACAGCUAUGUUUGUAGCCUUCAUUUUGUCGGUGAACAGGGACCAACAAAGGAAUAUCCGAAUCCUGUAUCUGCAAUUUCUAGUAGAGAAAAAAUAAAAAGGUUGAAUCGUAAAAGAAAGUCAUCUCAUGAAAGAGAAAAUCAAAAGGAACAAAGUAAGAAAAUCUGUGACGAGAAGCGAGCAGCCAGGACUUUGUUGAUGCUUGGCAAAGCGGAUACGGCAAGAGGAAAAUCUACAAAAGAGCUCGAGGCUGCAGAAACGCUACAAGCACUUUUUGACGAUGUUAAAGAAAAUAUUAUAGAUCGUCACAUUGAGAAGGAGUUGGCAGAUGUCCCGGCAGAUGUAGACGAGAUUUCUACACAAAAUGAAAAGAGUACAAAUACAGAUACCGAAACAAAUGAAUGCAGUACGCAGGCCUAUUCAAGUGAUGUACUUAUGAGGCAAAUGUUUAUGGAAAAGGUUCUAGACCCUGAAAAUAUUAAUCAUUACACAGGCAUGACAAAAGAGUGCUUUGACUUGAUUUUUGAACACGUUGAAGAAAAAAGUCAACGAAUAAACAUGUGGAAAGGAGCAAAAAAGACAAAGACAGGAAAAAUGGACAAAAAAUAUUUACAAAGACGCAAGGAACUUUCUAAGCUGAUGUCCAAGGAGCAAUUUGUGUUAACCCUUGUGAGACUGCGACGCAGCCCAAGUAUUAUUAUGUUGGCUGAUAUCUUUGGAGUGUGUCCAAGAUCUGUCAGCCAAAUAUUUAUCACUUGGACUAAGUUUUUGUCAAAGGAAUUAAGGUUUCUUUUGCCCUUCCCUACCACUGCUGUUCUAAAUGAGGUUACCCAACCAAAAGCAUUUAAAAAGUUUGAAAACCUGAGAGCCAUAAUAGACUGUACAGAGUUUUACAUAGAAAAACCUUCAAAGCCCUCCUGCCAGAGAUCAACCUACAGUCAAUACAAGUCUGCUAACACAUUCAAAUUACUCAUUUCAAUGUCACCUACUUGUCAUAUCAACUUUAUUUCAAAGUUGUAUAGUGGUAGUAUAAGUGACAAACAAAUUGUUAGUAAAAGUGGUUUCUUACAGAAAUUACAGUCUGGUGAUAAAGUUAUGGCUGAUAAGGGCUUCAACAUCCAGGAUAUCCUUGCUCUGCAUGAAACAGUUUUGAUUGCACCUCCAAUUAUGAGGAAAGGUUGUGUGUCUGCCAAAGCUACAACAGCAACAAGGCGUGUUGCCACUUCCCGUGUCCAUAUUGAGCGAAUGAUUAGACUUUUGAAAUUGUUUACAAUACUUAAAGGAUCAAUACCUCUUACUUUAAAACCCUACAUAGAUGAUAUUGUAACAGUUUGUGCUUGUUUAGUGAACUUACAACCAAGUGUUAUUAAAAGUGAUGAAACAUAACAAGACUACAAAUACUGUAAAUAUGUAAAUUAACAUAUAAGCUACACAAUUUUGAUCUUCAUGUAAAUUUACAUAGUUAUAAAAGAAUAUUGGUAUUGGUUUUAUCUCAGUUCAACUGAGAUUUCAAGUGCACCCUCAGAUCGUGUCUGAUGCAUUCUGCUUCCUGUGGACCAAACCAGUUAUGUGCCACUUGUACGUAACCAUGUGGGUUUUUCUUGUAUAUAUUCAGGUCCUAAAAUGGAAUUCAAGGAAAUUAUAAACUGUACAUUACUUAUUAUGAAAAGGUAUAAAUACAUCUAUGUAGUCCUAACCAACUAUAUAUGGCUUUCAAAAUAUGAAAUAUACCUCAAGGAAAUAUUUUAAGAACUGGGUCAUAUACACCCCACAGUUGUUGCUAUCUGGUGGUUGUUGUGGUACCUAAGUAUCAUACAAAUUAUUAAAUACUAUUAACAAUUGCAAUUGGAUAAUAUAAUGCAAAUGAAUGUGUGCUAAAGAGUUUGAUCAGCAAUAAGCUAUUCAAAUCAGAUGUUGAAUUGGAGUUAUUAAACAGUAGCUAGUAUAAAUUGUAUAGAUAUGCAAACUUCAUAUAUAUUAAGAUAAAAACAAUAAUUUGUACCUUCAGCACAUGCCUUGACAAUGUGCUUGUGUUUGAGUCCAGGUGAUUUGCUUUACAAGCAUAGUCUAAUAAGCUUUAAUAGUAAGAAGUAACCUUGU